AUUGGACUAUUAGAGGACUAUUGUUUUAUAUGUCAGGUUUUCCAGGAAAAAAAAGGUUGGAAUUUGUUCAUAUGUGACGCUGUCAAUAAACAAACAGUUUCACUAACAUUUCUUACCACUAGAUGGCAAAAUAACAACCUUAAUCACUCUUUGGGUUUCUUUAUUGUUUUAAAAAAAGAGGAUGGAAAGUUGUUUUGGAGUCAAGGGGCUGAGAGAGACAAUGAUUUUGCACUGUCUGGCAAAGACACACACACAAACAUAAACACACACAACCACACUCUCUCCCACACUCCAUCAAUCUAGCAGCAACUGGGGCAGCGAGCAGAAGUGUGUCAGACUUUGGGGUGCAUGUGCACAUUUACAUGUGUGCAUUUGCCUUCUAGAAACUUCUUUAUAACCAAGAAUUUUUCUUAGAGACAUUUUCGUUUCUUUUCUUCUGUAAAGCAUUCACUCUGCUGCCACAAGACAGUAGAAGCAAAGACAAAUCUAGUCUUUUGGAGAAUGGUUUCUCCAAAUUAACUCCACAGAACAGCUGCACGGAUUACGGACUGUCAAGGACCCCGUGGAACCUUACUUUUCUCUCAUGGUCGCUUUUGUAUUUUUCCUGUAGUCCUGACUUUUGCUUGACUCAAACAGUGCUUUACAACAUGUGCAGGCUUUGGAGGAUAGCAGUUUUGCUCUGUGUCAAAUUGGUGGACACUGCAAAUGGAAAUACAGGACUCCUGCCUGAAAGAGGGUCAGCAGCUUCCUCCUGCUAUGGGGGUUUUGACCUCUACUUUGUACUAGACAAAUCAGGAAGUGUGCAGCAUCACUGGAAUGAAAUAUAUAACUUUGUGGAACAUCUGGCCCAUAAGUUCAUAAGCCCUCAGUUGCGGAUGUCCUUCAUUGUAUUCUCCGAUCAGGGCAAGAUUUUGAUGCGGCUGACAGAAGACAGGGACCAAAUUCGGAAAGGUUUGGAGGAACUCCAUAAAGUGCGGCCAGGUGGAGACACUUUUAUGCAUGAAGGCAUUCAGCGGGCUAAUCGCUCUCGCAGCCUGGGUGCCUCUGUGUACUGCGUAGGAGUGAAGGAUUUCAAUGAGACUCAGCUGGCCAAGAUUGCUGACAGCAAAGAUCAUGUCUUUCCAGUAAACGACGGCUUUGAAGCUCUACAAGGUGUCAUUGGUUCAAUCUUGAAGAAAUCAUGUAUAGAAAUCCUUGCUGCAGAACCAUCCAGUAUCUGUGCUGGAGAGGCGUUCCAAGUCGUCGUGAGAGGAAAUGGAUUCCUUCAUGCAAGAAAUGUGGACAAGGUUCUUUGCAGCUUCAGAAUAAAUGACACCCUUACCAGAAUGGUGAAGCCAUUGGUAGUGGAGGACACGUAUCUGCUCUGUCCAGCUCCUGUUCUUCGAGAGGAGGGAACGGCAGCCUCCCUUUACGUUAGCAUGAACGAAGGCUUGAGUUUUAUCUCUAGUUCUGUUACUAUCACCACUGUAAGCUGUUCUGAUGGUACGAUCCUGGCCAUAGCGCUACUGAUAGUGAUGCUACUGCUGAUUCUGGCUCUCCUCUGGUGGUUUUGGCCACUCUGCUGCACAGUGAUUAUCCAUGAACCUCCACCACCAAUAGUGGAAGAUAGUUCGGAUGAUGAAGAGGAUGGAACUCCGAAGAAGAAGUGGCCCACAGUCGACGCGUCCUACUAUGGAGGAAGAGGAGUUGGCGGCAUUAAAAGAAUGGAGGUUCGCUGGGGUGAGAGAGGUUCGACCGAGGAGGGUGCUAAACUGGAAAAGGCGAAGAACGCGAGGGUAAAGAUGCCUGAGCAAGAGUUUGAAGCUCCUCCUGCUCGCAUCCUAAAUAAUGGCAUGCGGAAACCUCCAGGCCCUCGUAAAUGGUACUCGCCCAUUAAGGGAAAACUAGAUGCAUUGUGGGUACUUCUGAAGAAAGGGUAUGCCAGAGUGUCUAUCAUGCGACCACAACCUGGAGACAAGGGUCGCUGUAUGAACUUCACUCGCAUCAAGUCUAGUCCCUCUCCACGCUAUCCAUCCUACAACCACCAUUCUUCACCCAUCUACACCCCUCCAUGCACCCUCAGCCCACCCCCUCCUCAGGGCCAGCUGCCCCCUCCUCCACACAGUCCACCCGCCUCCCUGUCCUCCGGCUUUCCUUCGGCGCCUUCUACGCCCCCACCUCACACCAUCAACCCGUCUCCACCCAUCACUCCUCCUCCAUCCUAUUCUCCACCCCCUGUCUGGUCCUCGUCUCCUAACACUCUCUACUUUUCUCUGCCCACAUCUCUGCCCUCUCUUCCACCAUCUCCUCCUGCCUCCCUGCCUCCGCCUCCUCAAGCCCCGCCUCCAGGAAGAGCUCCUCCUCCAGAUCGCCCACCUCCACGACCUUGUGUGUAAUGUGGCACAUUUGAGUGGACUACUACAAGGACUGGAAGUAAACAGGAAAUAUACAUUUACCAUAUCCUCCUCAAGAUUCCGUUGCUGUGUGGCCUAACGCAAUACAACUCGAUACAAAGAUCACCUGUGGCAUCAAGGGCAUUUGCUUCUGUGAAAGAACAAUGAAAUGGAAUACAAGCCACCAUGAAACUCUACAGGGAGCAACACUCAGAAUCACACACCAGGCAUUGCAAAGAAACGGAAAAUUUACAUUCGAGUUUGUCAGCAGACGCCAUUUGUGAGUUUAACCAAGCUUUGAGAAUGGAAGUGGCUGGUUCCAUUAAUGGAUUGGUGGCUGAUUUACAAUUGCAUGCACAUGGGACCAUCUCAUAAAGGAGAUUUCCACAAUAGAGGAAAGAUGAAACUUUUCGGGAACUUUCUGAUUCAGAGCAAUUGAGAAAAUAUAUGCACAUUUUGACUAGCUUCACCAUAUACAGGUCUUUAUUAAAAAGGCAAAACUAAACAUUGGGUCUCAUUUACUAAAAAUUGCGUGGGUUACACUUGUGCGCACA